AUGUAAAUCGUGUCGUCUUCGAGAAGCACAUAGUGAUACAAGAGCUGGGGAGGCGGCUCCGAUGCGGACCUUACAGAGCACGGCGUCCGCCUGCUAGCCAGCCUUGUUCCAGCGGCUGCCCAGGCUCGGAGCCAUCCGACGAGUCAGCGAGCAGCCUCAGGUGGACAGCCAUCUGGAGGGCCCGCCUUGGGCAAGGGACCUCCACUUCAAGCCGGGUCCCCAGUUCGAGGAAGGCGGUACAGCUGCCUUCUUACCCCCAGCUCAGGCACACCAUGGGGAAGAACAACAGCAAGCUGGCCCCCGAGGUGCUGGAAGACCUGGUGCAGAACACAGAGUUCAGCGAGCAGGAGCUAAAGCAGUGGUAUAAGGGGUUUCUGAAGGACUGUCCCAGCGGCAUCCUCAACCUGGAGGAGUUUCAGCAACUCUACAUCAAGUUCUUCCCUUACGGAGACGCCUCCAAGUUUGCACAGCAUGCUUUCCGCACAUUCGACAAGAACGGCGACGGCACCAUAGACUUCCGGGAGUUCAUCUGCGCCCUUUCUGUCACCUCCCGCGGAAGCUUCGAGCAGAAGCUCAACUGGGCCUUUGAGAUGUACGACUUGGACGGCGACGGGCGCAUCACGCGCCUGGAGAUGCUGGAGAUCAUCGAGGCUAUCUAUAAGAUGGUCGGCACCGUGAUCAUGAUGCGCAUGAACCAGGAUGGGCUCACACCCCAGCAGCGCGUGGACAAGAUCUUCAAGAAGAUGGACCAGGAUAAGGACGACCAGAUUACACUGGAGGAGUUCAAGGAGGCAGCCAAGAGCGACCCAUCCAUUGUGUUGCUGUUGCAGUGUGACAUGCAGAAGUAGAGACUGGUGAGGGGCGGGGUCCCUGGCCAGGACAGGCAUGGCACCACCCAACCUGAUAUCCUCUCUGCUGGCCCAUUCCCAGGGGGAGGGGCCUUCCAGCCUCACUCUCUCGGUCACCCACUCCUCUGCCCAAGCCUUUCUCUCCUCAGUCAAGUUCCAUGAGGGACCACUUCAUCCUGCAAAAGAGACGGUUCCUCUCAAGUAGCCUGUCCUCAGAUAGUCUGUCACUAGCUCCACCUCUAGCCUUGGCCUAGGACCAACAUCCUUUGGGCUUAGGGGAGUUGGCUUUUGACCCAAGAGGCGAGGUUAAGGAGGGGGCUGAGGGCAAUCCUGUUGUUCCCAGGAUUCGGCUCUAAAUAAGCAGUGUGGUCCCCACAGGCCCCCAGUCAAAGGACCAAACUAGGUCUAUCCUUUGCAGAUUCCUUGAGAUGUGGUCUCUGCCCUGCCCCCCUUGACUCUACCUGGCCCCUCUGGCCCCACCCUUGGGAAUGUUCAUUGAGUCCUUUUCUUCAGCUAAUGCUUGUUGAGUCCUUGUUCAAUGCCAGGCACCUGAAGGUGCUAAGAAUACGGUUGUUUACAAAAACACAUUCCAUGCCCUCUGAAAGCUCACAGGGUAAUGAGACUACUUCCAAGGGUUGAGGCCUUAGUGGGACACAGCGGAGAUGAGGGUGUAAGGCAGCUGGCAAGUUGUUGGAACAAGUGUGCCCUCCAGCUGUGCCACCCAGGGCUGCAGAAAGACCAGAUGAAAAGCCUGUGGGAGUUUAGCUGCCACGUGGGUAGAAAUUUUAAGAAAAAUAAAAAUUUAUGUAAUAUUUAUUUUUUUAGGGCCCUUUCAAAGAGCUAAAAUCAUUUUACUAGACUACUAAGAUAUACUCUAUAUUACUUGGUUUCUUAUAAAAAAACGACUUAAAUGGAUAUAAAAAUGCUAAUUUUUAAGGGGGGAAGUGUUUAGGCAAAAGGGGUGGGGGCACCAGCAGACUUUGAGAACCUGCGCUCGCCCAUCAGCAGACCCUGCUGCUUCUGCUACUUCCUUUUCUUGCCCCUUUUCAAUUCCACAAGUGACUUUCUGUCGCACAGUUUGGGUGCUGGCGUCAGAGGUGGAGAUGAGGUUUGCCUUGAGCCAGAGCAGUUCAUGUCCCACAUCUCAGCGGCUUGUUUCUGAGUUUGGCUGGUUUCAGGGACUGGCUUGUUCCUUCACAGCCUCAGCUAGAAGGAGCCAGAAGAAAAGGAUCAUCCGGCCACUGUUCGGGCUUCUGGGUGGCAUGUAUGGACCAAAUGCCUAAAAAACAUGCUGGGCGUACUUCAUGAGAAAGGCUUUUUCUGACCCCUCCACCCUAGAUCUGCCAGGAGAACAAAUCCGUCACCUUCCAGGCUCAACAGCUGGGCUUUCUGAACUUUGGGGUCUAGGAGCUAACUAUUGUGUUGCAUGCUUUCCAGAGAAACCUAUCUUGCUUCUUCCAGUCCUUCACGUUCAUCUCGCCUGUGCUUGUGAUCAGGAGUUAGCUUUGACGUGCAGUGACAGUUGACUUCCUCCUGAACUGCUGGGAAAACUGCCUCAUGCUCUCAGUCAGGGUGGGAGUAGAGAAAGCCUGUGAAGCCGGGGCGUGCUGUGGUGGAGAUUGCCCUGCAGGAAGGAUGCUGUUUGCCUCUCUCUCUCUCCUGAGUGCUCACCUCCCUGCUGCUAGAAACUUUUGGAGAUGCUGACCCAUGGUCCAAAACUCUGUCAGACCUUCCUUGUGGCAUUUGGAGGUAGCAAGCCACCUUCUUCCUGUCCUGCCUAUCCAGGCUACGUGGUGAGGCUGAGGAAUUCAUAGCCUCAAAUGAUGCUAGCAGGUGUUUAUCUGGUGAUGCUUCUUGGGGCUGUUCUAUAGCGCUCAUGAGCUGCCUGUUAAGUACAUCUUGUGCUGUUGUCAGCACCGCUCGACAGCCUGGCUCAGCUGGGACCUGAAUUUCCUAGUGACAAGCUUUUCCUUCCCCCCGCCAAGUGUCUCACGGUGACCCGAAUUCCUCGGCUUUCAGAGGCUCGUAUCUACUUGCAUCUCAUUUUGUCCAGAGAGAUGGAGGGUUUCGGGACCUUUAGCCAGGCUUGGAAGCUAAGGUUAAGGGUUGAAGGUGGGGAGGUCUCUUGUGUGAGAACAAGUAGUCAGGAGAUGACACAAUGCUGAGACUUGAACAAAAGGUUCUCUAAGAGACUUUUCUCUGCCCCGUUCAUUUCUGUAUCUGUUUGUUCAGAUGUUGACUGCAGGACAAAUUGACUUUUGUCUUUUGGAAACUUCCUGCCAAGAAGUUUCUGAGGCUAUAGUCUUCCAAAAAAAGAGGAGGAACUUGAAGUCUCUCCAUUUUCAAGCAUCUUCUUUUCUGCUUCUGGGCGGCCUUGCAUAAACCAAUGCCAUUCUUGGAGGCUGCUAACCAAAUUCCAGAAGCAUCUUACAUUGUCUUCCCCACUCUCUUCCUCCCUGAGAGAAUCGCUUUUGUUUUUCCAAGCUAGUAGGCAAGUUCUUCCCAUGUGACAGAUCACUCCAGACUUCAGGCUGCCUAUUCAUGGGCAGUACUUGUUACUGCCAAGGGUUUCAGACAGCUCAGCAGGCCCAAAACUGUCCCUGCCUUCCUGCUGACGGGAGGAGCCACAGGCAGGUUAGACCUUGCUCCCACACUCUCUUGGGUGCCUAGAGCACUGCGUGCCCAGGACACCAUAUGGUAGAGCACCCGUCCCUGUCUUGAGAAGAGCGAUAGGUCCCCCAUCUCUGCUCCAGCUUAAGAAGAAGCACUUAGCACGAAGCACAAGGUUAGCAGAGAUCUAGGCGUGACUUGCACAGACAUGAAAACACACAGGCAGUCAAAACGUUGAUAGACCCAAGUUCUCCUUUGAGGUUCUGUAUCCUCUUCCGGGAUUCUGUGAAUCGCGUUGGUUCCAGAUUCAGCCUCCUCAUACCUGCUAUCCUCAUUCAUCCUCUCUGGCUAAGCGAUGAGUCCCUUAUUUCUCAUCUCGAAGACUCAUCCGCGUAGGCUGCUUAGCUCAGGUGCCACUCCAACCCGGGCAGCUGCGUAAUUACCGACUUCCUUUUAAGAAGAAGAAAACAAAAACAAGCCCGUUAGCAAAGACACUAAUUCUUCUCUGCCCUGGCAAUGGCGGAAGCUCAGCAGCAGAAAUUCAUUUCACAUGGGAGGUCGUGGGAGCAAGGAAAGAGAGGAAAGAGAGCCAGUCCUCCCAGGCAGGGCAGGAGUAAGCUAACACUGUUGAUAUUUUUACACAAAAGCUUAGGCAAGCAAAAGUCAUCUCCUGAGGAUCCACCCAGGAUCUUUGAGGAAAGAUCAGUGAGGAUUUGUGUUGACUUUGGAAAUCACCAAAGGGUUACGAAUACAUUUCUUACAUAGCUCCUUCAUUGUUCUUAGCGAAAGAAAUAAUUCAUGUGCUCAAUUUGAAAGUCUUAGAAAGACAUGGACUUUUUUUUUUCUAGACUUUUCAUGGUUUUCUCUUCUUAGCUUUGUCAGAGUGUGGGGUCAGGGCAGGGCCUCCCAGGAUGCGUGAGUCUCUCUGCUUAGUGGAGGCUGACCAGGUCCAGGGCCUUCCAGUAACAGCAGGGAGGAAGCAGACCCCCCCACCCCCGCUAACCUCCAGAUGUGCUGCUUCUAGCUGCGCCCACAGCAACCAUCUUCACUGACUAAUCCUGUGCCGUGUGGUGUGUUUUCCCCACUGACAAUGAAUAAAAGGCGUGACUGUG